AUGAAAAAUGUCAAAAGUUUAUUGAUGUUUGUGCAUAUUUCCACUUUCAUUUUUGAUGCUGUUGUUGAUUUUCUAGUCGAACCAUACUUGUUUCUGCCUACUACAGCUGUUUAUCUGAAUGGUAUUCUUUCGGUUUACCUUGGUUUACCUCACGAUUUAGUCGUAUGGAUCGGCCAAUAUUCAAUGUACUGUAAGUUGAUUAAUGUUGACUUCGAAACGUAUAAUUUUUAGGUUUGGGAAUGUCAAUCUUAUAUUUAUUCCAAUCUCGUCACAGUAUGAUAAUAACUGUGAAACAUCGAAUAACUUCUACUCGCACAAAAGUAUUAUACCAUACUAUCAAUUAUCUUGUUGGUGCAAUCGGAAUGGCAUGUUAUCAUUUCCAAAAUUUCGACGAUGAAGCAGUAAAGCUACAAUUUCUACAAACCGUUUAUCCCUGCCCACCAAUUGAAUAUUUUGAUGAAAAGACUCGCGUGGUUACAAACAAUAUGACAUUGAUUGUAUUCGCUCAAUUCAUUGUAACAUUUUAUGCCUGUGCUCACGUUCUUUUUUGGGCUUUCUCAUGUGUCUAUGAAUUGACUAAGAAAACAUCAAACAUCUCAAAAAGGACUCGAGAAAUGCAAAUGAAAUUUCUAACUUCUGUAAGUAUUCAAAUAACUAUACCAUUACUGGCCAUCAUGUUACCUGGAACAUACUUGACUUAUAUGAUAGCUUCUUCUCAAAUCAAUCAGCUGAUGAAUAAUGUGAUUAUCAUAACUUGUGGAUUACAUGGAUUAAUGUCCAAUAUAUGUCUGAUAGUUGUGCAAAAACCGUAUCGAGAAUUCACUUUUCGAUGCUUGGCUAGAAAGAAGAUGUUCUCAAGAGUUAGCGUCAUACAGUGCGUUCCAUAA